AUGGUUCUUGCCAGCUCUACCACCUGCAUCCACUCCAUGCUGCCCCUGCUCCUGAUGCUCUUCCACCAGGGACUCCAAGCUUCAAUCAGUGGCCAGGACACCCGCCAUUUAACCAGACCAUUGAAUUGCAGCUCUAUUGCCAAGGAGAUUAUGGGGAAGCUCCCAGUGACCUCAUGAUUCUUUCUCUCUAUGUCCCCACAGGGAUCUGAACUCAAUAACACUGAUCAAAGAGCCAAGCUGAAGGACAAGACCUUGCGGAGAGUAAACCUUUACAAAUUCCUGGAAAGCCAAGAGAAAUUGGAUCCUAACGAUAAAUUCGGCAUCAAGUCCAAUCUUCAGAAACUUAAGUGUUGCCUGCCUGCAUCUGUGAAUGACUCUAAGCUGCCAGGGGUCUUGUUUCAAGAUCUGAAUGACUUUCAGAAGAAAUUGAGAUUCUACGUGGUCCAUCUUAAAAAUCUGCAGACAGUGCUAACCUCUAGACCACCUCAGCCCGCAUCUGGCUCCGUCUCUCUUAAUCCUGGAGUCGUGGAAUGUUAA